UACGCUAAAAUUCCCGUGUGUGAAGGAAGAAAAAGAGUGUCGUCAACUUUUGUGCAGCAAGCAAGGCUGGGAAAGGCCAAAACUUUCACGGCUGUAGGAAAAUUCAGGUGAUCAGGAAGUGAAUUUGUGAAACACAGUGAAGUGUCGAGCGUUUGGAGAGUGAUUCGUGGGAAACAUGGAGUGGAGGUUUGCAAACGUUUAGGCAGCACUCGAGGCACGACCGACGACAGAAAGCAGAAGAAGCAGCAUAACCUUCCGUCUCUGUCAAAAGAGGUGGGGAGGAGGAUUUUUUUUUCACGGAAGGCACCGAUGCGAAGGAGGAAGGAUCGAGGUGUGAAGGAUGAGUGCUGAAGAGUUUAUUUAUAGCGUGAUCAACACUGAUAACGUCGCCCAGCUGGAUCUGAACGUAAUCGCCAACACGCUGGCCAGCGCAGACUCGCUGAUCCGGCAGAUCAAGGCCCAGCAGGUGGAGAACGAGGGCCUGAAGGAGAAGAUCAGCUCGCUGCGGAGUUCCGCCCUGCAAAUCAAGCAGCUGUACGAAGCGGAAGUGGGCAAGAAUCAGGGCAUUGCCAAUCGGGAGGAGGAUUAUGUAAGGAAGGUGCAGGAGCUGGAAGGGCGAGUUGCUGCGGCGGAGAAUGCCAGGGUCAAUGCCGAGCUACAAGAGAAAGAGAAGGUGGCUGAGUUGGAGCGGAAGGCCGAGCACUGGAUGGGAAAGUACGAUGGCCUGGCAAUGGAUGUGGUGAAGAAUUGCUGUCUGCUGGCGGACAACGGCUUACUUCCGUCGGAUCAGCAGACGAAGCUUCGUGAUUGGAAGGGUCAUGUGCAGAGUUUGGUGCAGGAUGGGAAGGAGGUGCCAGAGGAUGUGAUGAGUUGCUUAGUCAAAAAGAGGUCGUCUUCAAAGAAGAAACGUAAACCCGAGAUUGAUUGUCGGGAUCAAUCUACUAUGACAACUGGCCCUUCGUACUGUUCCAUUGGGGUCAAUGUUAUGGAAGAGAAGCCAUCAGUUGCCAACUCAUCGACGGGUACCGAGGAUUUGGAACCUCCGGAACCGCCUAAAUACUCCAUAACGGAUGACAUCUUUCCCGACGACCCGAAGCCAAAGGAGGAGCCACUGCCGAAGAAAACCUUCGCUGAUAAGAGCACGAUGUAUUCCAGUUCCAUGGUAACCCGUUCCACUUGCACUUCCGCCUUCAUCAAGCGAGUUGACGUCGGAGUAAACUUCCCGGAAGUGAUUCCUAAAUCAAUAAGCGAAAUUCUCCGUGAAUGUGUCACCGAGCUUCCUGCGUUAUUGUCACCUAUUCUGGACGAAAUUCCAGUUCGUAAGGAUUCGACAUCUACUCAAACUGAUCCGCUUCCUGUUCAGCCACCAGUCGAACAGAAACCUCUGACCACAAUCGGUACCAACACCAAUCUGCGGAACAUACGACGUAAGAUUGACUACGUGCGAAAAGCGGACGGAAUGCUGGUAAACAAUCUGCUGUCCUUCAUCAAAAAGGAGGAAAACAUUUCCCCCGUUGGUUCCUUACAAAACCUUCCCGCCGCCGUGUUCCAAAGUGAAACCCCCUCGGACCUGGUUGGGAACGCGGUGGGUGGUGUGAAUCCCCAGUUGACACACAUCUGGGGCCUGCUUGGCGAAACCAUGUUCCGCCUGCUGGGCACCGGACGGAUGUUCGACAGUCAGUGCUACAGCAUCAUCAACGAGCGCAUAGCGAUGAUCAACAAUCUGAUCGAGUCGGAAAGCCGCCGCGGAACGGCCAUGUUAGGGGAGGUAUUUGCAGCAGCGGCGGCUGCCGUUUCCGUAACGGGCAAAGUGGGUGAAACCACCGGGAAGAAGAGUGUUAUUGUAGGGAGGGAACAAGAGGAUACGGUUGGUCGCGAGCCGGUCGAGAGUCGUCGGGGGAAGUGCAUGGAUGAGUACGAAGAGGAAGCCGUGGGGAUGCAUGAGGAGGAGAUCGAGGAAGACCCCAAUUGUCCGUGGGAAAGUCAAACGCCACCGUCGGAUGAAGAAAUGGAACCAAACGAAGCUGGUGAAGCGCGUGAUGAGCAGACACAAACGGGAGAUUUGCAAUCCGAUGGUCAGACGAGUGAGCCUGUUAAUGAAAGUUCCGCAAACCCAGAUGAAAGUUCAUCAGCGAUUGCUGCAGAUGUUAUAUCCGCUGCAACUUCAUCAGUUCAACUCCCAAACCAAACCAAAGAACAACUCGAAAGUCCCUCGUUUCCGGAUAUCCCCAGUGAACCCCUAGUGCCCGAGAAGAUAUCUCCGGAUGCGCCAUCUCUUCAUACCGAUGAGUCCAACGAUUUCCGUUUACUCAUUGAACCGGAAUCCGGACCCACUGUUGUCGACAUCUGCGCAGACAACAAUUCCGAAGCGAAAGAUGCUGUCGAGCCACAGCAGCAGUCCCAACCGGAGGAAGAACCGGACGCGAUUGCCGACGAGCUGCGCCAGAUGGAGGAAGGCAUAGCGUGUACAUCGUUGGACCGGCUUCAACCGUGUCUCAUCCGGGUGCGGGACAUAAACCAGGUAGAAACGAAACACUACCUGGACGUGGUCUGUGAAGAGGAAUCCACACAAACCACCGACGACGAGAGCGACUUCCAGAUGGCAAUCGUGGAAACGUCCCCCAAUCGGCUGUCGGCCACUUCCAGUUGUACUUCGAUUGGCAGUAACGGAACGCUGAUUUCUCCCAUCAAGGUCAAGGAGACCAACGAGCUGGUCAAGGACCAGUUCAAAACGCCCACUAGUCCCGCCAUCAGCAAGCGGAAACUUCGGGAACGGCUGGAUGGGGGACCGUCCAAGCGGGGACGCCUAUCGCCCACUACGGAAUCGUUGCUAGAGGACGAUUGGGACCACAAGUUUUCCCGAAUUAAGCACUAUUUCACACUGCCGUCGGGGCUGAAUCCCAUCAAGGAGGGUGCGAACAAGAAGCGGGUUGUGCAAGAAGAAAACUUCGAGUUGGAUGAACUGUGGGACGACGAGGACGAUGGAGUCGAUGCUCGGGAGGAUGGGGAUGAGUUUGCGAUGCCUAGCGAGCAGCUGCUGCAGCCUCUACGGCUGGAAACGAGUUCUCUAACUAGUGCUCCGGUCAGUGAUUCGCCGGAAUCUCCCACGGAAGAGCCACCAAAGCCAUCCACCUCAAGUUGGGAUGAGUUCAAGAGGCCUCUCAGCAUCGACGUUGGAGAUCUGCCUAAUCCUGCUUCACCCGACCCUCCUGCUUCACCUGACGUUUCAGCAUGUUUUGACGAUUCCCCCAUGUCACCAAUAGCUGACGACGAACCAAUGGAACCGGUCAGCAGCCAACGGUGCUUCAGUGAAUUAGAGUCCCCACUCUCUCCGCCCCUCGAAAGUCGAUCGACAAUGUACGCGGCAGAGGAUCCGGUAGAGUCGCGAAUUAUUCCACUAGAACAUCCGCUGGCGAACCGGGUCCUGACGGAAGCAUCUACUCCCAUCGGAAAGGCCAUAGCGUGCUACAAUAGGGGAAGGCGCGCGGAAGUGGUUAACAAGAUUACUCCAAACUCGUGCAAAAAGGAACGGAAGCUAGUACAGUUGAUGGUCAAUGUGCUGAAGGAGUACGUAAAGGAUGAGUGGACGGUGAAAAAUCUGGACAUCCGAUGUGAGCAAUUACUUAAGGUUUCAAGAGAUACAAGGAUAAUCGCACAGGCGAUAGUCGACUACAUCAUUUCUCAAACCGAGGAUUUGGUGAUCGAUGUCCAAUGUUCUCCUCCGGCCCCACCGCUGCCGAAGGUCACUCAAAAAGUGGUUGUCCUAGCUAAAACGCUCAACGAGGUGUUAUUCACGUUGGACAGGAUACUACUGCAGGAAGUCGAUCGCCGGGUGUUCAAUCUCAAGUCGGAGAAAUGCAACGUAGAAGCGAUCACUGCCCUGACUUACCUCUACGUAGGAGUGGCCGAUUGCAACCGACUCUACGGUUGCACCGCCAGAAUGUACAUUUACAAGUGUCUGUAUUACUUCAACUUCAAAGGGCUUCCUUUGAUCUAUUACGUACUGAAAGCCUUCCCGCAUGCCCUGCCGAAGAAAACCAGCGCCUUUUACGAUAAUGCCGAUGCGAUGGUCAGCACCAUCCGGACCAUUCUGAUGAACAUCAACUACAUGAUGAAUUCGACACAUCCCGACGCUGCCUUGUACAAAAAGGGAGAACUGUCGAAACUACUCAAGUACUUCUACGGCUACCAACAGGGGUCACCGACGUACACCGAGCUUAUCACUAACCUCAUCGAAAAGAUCAAAGCCAACAAGCUCAAAAAUGUCGACUACUCUCUGGUCCUGGUCGCCAAGCGCCAGGGAUACGAAUGGGCCAAGCGGCACAUUGUUCAGAAGCACCUCUACCCGCUACUCAACGACUACCUCAAACGGAUCGAGACCGCCGCCCAGGGAACCCACGACGAUCAGAUCCGGUGUCUGAUUUUCUGCAUCUCGGCCAUCCUCAAAACGCAACCCAACCACGAGGACGUGACCGGGGUGAUGCAAAUUUUCGGCAGCAUCAUCCAGCGGACGGAUGGCAACCAGCGGGUACAGGAAGCGGCCGUGGCCGGGCUGAUGCGAUUCACCCGGUUCGACUACGCCGACAUCUACGAGUGGUUGUGCAAGUGGCGUCCCUCGUACGAGGUCAGCGGCCGAAUCAAGCUGAUGCUGGCGACGUUCGUCCACCGGAAGGACCAACGGUUCUGGAUGCAGCUCAGCCAACGGAAGUUCGUGUAGUGUUUCUGUGAUCCGGGUGGGAAUUGUAAAAAAAGCUGGUUAUUUAUUUUCGAAGGUCGCGACAGCCUUCGCGGUUCGUAGUACUAACUGUUAGUAAGCCUAAUUUCCCGUUUUAGGUGUUAAGAAGAUAAACCUAGGUAUGUUUAGAAAGGUUGCGAUAUCCUAUAUUUUUUCAAGAAUGUGGAAUGUUUGGGAGCAAUCGUACGAAUGUUCGGAUACUUUGUCUUGGACUGUAAAUAUUGACAAAGUAGUCGAAAGUGCAGCAAAUAAACUAAACUAAAAAUUUGAA